CUGGGUCUAUGCGUAUAUAAGCUUUGCAUACACUUGCAUCCCAGAGAUUCCACAUGCCUCCUGCAAGUCUCUCUUAGAACUCAAUUUUAGCUUUUCAUCUCCAAUUGAUCUCAUACACUUUUGCCUCAAAAGAUUCAAACUUUUCUUGAAUCUAGAUAGAUUGCUGGCCUUAAUGGAUACCCUUCUGGAAGAGUUUCCAAAUUCCAUGAACAACUUCAUGUUUGACCAAAACUCCAUCCCAUCCUUUCCAGAUCACAAUCCUCCUGAUCAGUUUGAAGCCAAUCAUGAACUCACCAAUCUCAGUUUCAGUCCCGCAAAUUCAUACCCUUAUAGUGAUUUCUCUCCUUCCUCUUCUUCGGGUUUGAGCUCCGAGGGGGUGAAUUCCCCAGACGACUCCAAUACCAUUCUCAGAUUCAUCAGUGAGAUGCUUAUGCAAGAAGAAGACUUGGAGAACAAGCCUUGCAUGCUUCAGGAUUGUUUGGCUCUCCGAGCUGCUGAGAAAUCCUUAUAUGAUGUCCUGGUUCAGGAGGAUCCCUCUUCAACUAGUCAGAAUCUCGCUUCCACAUACCAGAAUGUUGGGAGUCCAGAUGAUGUCAGCAACCACAGCAGCAGUAGCUCUCAUGCUGCCAGCAACUGGGUUGACUCGGAUUUCGAUUGUGUUCAAGAGGUUUUAGAUACUGUGAUUCCAAAUCCUUUUGUUUCAAAUGGCAAGGGUGGAGUUACAGAUCUAGAAGGCAACUCAUCAUUUCCUGCAGAUGCAAGGCAACUCUCUAGUGAUGUGAAUUUCAGUCCAGACAAGGGUGAGAGUGAGUCAAGAAAUGGAUCAAGGAGCAAGAAAAAUCGUUACCGGGAGGAUGGCGAUUAUGUAGAUGAAGAGAGGAGCUACAAGCAGUCAGCAGUAUAUGCUGACGAAGCUGAGCCAGAAGAGAUGUUUGAUCAGGUACUACUCUGUCAGGGUGAUAAAUCACGUUCAUCUCCACAAGUAUCUGAGCUCCAAGAUGGAAACGGGAAGCUGCAGCGUAAUGGCAAGGCGAAAGGAUCCAAGGCCAAAAAAACAGGCAAGAAAAAGCCGGAUGACAAUAAAGAGAUGGUGGAUUUACAGACACUGCUUACUCAAUGUGCACAAGCUGUUGCUAGCUUUGACAAAAGGAAUGCAACUGAGCAACUGAAGCUGAUAAGGCAGCACUCGUCUCCCUAUGGCGAUGGAACUCAAAGAUUAGCUCAUUACAUGGCUAAUGGACUCGAAGAACGCUUGACUGCAGCGGUUUCAUCGGUUUCAUUGUACAAGCAGUCUGUUUGCUUUUCCAGAACUAACAUGUCAGCUGCUGAUAUCUUGAAAGCCUACCAGACUUAUAUCACAGCAUGCCCUUUUAAGAAGAUGUCGAAUUUCUAUGCUAACCGAACGAUUAGCAAGCUGGCAGAGAAGGCAACCAGGCUUCACAUAAUUGAUUUUGGUAUUCUCUAUGGGUACCAAUGGCCUUGCCUUAUCCAAGCUCUCUCGAAAAGACCUGGCGGACCUCCCAUGGUUCGCAUUACUGGAAUUGAGUUUCCCCAAUCAGGUUUUCGACCUUCAGAAAGGCUUGAAGAGACAGGGCGCCGCCUACAGAAUUACUGCAAGAGAUUCAAUGUCCCAUUUCAGUACACUGCCAUAGCAAAGAAUUGGGAAACCAUUCAAUAUGAGGAUAUCAAAAUCGACAGAGAUGAGAUGACUGUAGUGAACUGCAUGGACAGGUUAAAGAACUUACCAGAUGAUGCAGUCUUGGACAGCCCCAGAGAUACAGUUUUGAAGCUGAUCAGGAGAAUCAACCCGGAUGUAUUCAUACAUGGAAUUGUUAAUGGAACCUACAAUGCACCUUUCUUCGACACACGGUUCCGGGAGGCACUCUACCAUUUCUCUUCCUUGUUUGAUAUGUAUGAGGAGACUUUGCUCAGAGAAGAUCAACAGAGGCUGCUCUUUGAACAAGAGAUAUUUGGUAGAGAUCUUAUAAAUGUGGUAGCAUGUGAAGGUUCAAUGAGGCUUGAAAGGCCUGAAACAUACAAGCAGUGGCAGAUUAGAAAUAAAAGAGCUGGGUUCAAGCAGUUGCCAUUAGAUCAGGAAAUCUUGAAGAAAGUAAGGACUAUGGUAAAGUCUGAAUAUCAUAAAGAUUUUGUUGUCGAUGAAGAUGGCAGGUGGGUCUUGCAGGGAUGGAAAGGCCGAAUAAUUCAAGCUAUUUCUUGCUGGAAGUCUGGCGAGUAUCAUGAUCCUGAGUCUGUUCAGAAUACCCUUGUUACUGAAUCUGAAUCUGAUCAACACAAUCAUGAACUCAGUGAUCCCAGUUUCUUUCCAUCCAAUCCAAACCCUCCUCCUCAUGACUCAUCUUCAUCUUUGGAUUUGAGCUCUGAGGGGGAGUAUUACUCUCCCUCCAGUGCUACUCUCCAAUACAUAAGUCAGAUGCUUAUGGAGGAAGAAUUGGAGAACACACCCUGCAUGCUUCAGGACUGUCUGGCCCUCCAAGCGGCUGAGAAAUCCUUGCAUGAUGUCCUAAUCCAUCAAUAUCCUUCUUCGACUACUAACCUCCUUGCUUCUUCCAUUCACCAAACUGCUGAGAUAUCUGAAGAUCUCAUCAACCACAGCAGUAAUAGCUCCACUGCUGCUAGGGAGUGGAAUGAUGGUUCAGGUUGGAUUUCUUUUCAAAAUGUAUUAGAAUCCCAUCCUUUGGAAAAUAAUACCCUUUUGGUUCCAAAUCCUUUCUCCUCAAAUGGAAAGGGUGGAAUCUUAGAUCUUGAAAGGGGCUCAUCAUUUCUCAAACAACCAAGGGAGGUGACUGAGGAUGGGAAUGACUCAACCAACAGAUCAAGGAGCAAGAAAGAUCGUCAGCGGGAGGAUAGCAGUUAUCAAGAAGAAGGGAGGAGCAACAAGCAGACAGCAUUUUACGCAGCUGAGACUGAGCCACCAGAGAUGUUAGAUAAGGUACUGCUGUGUCAAUAUACAAUCUCAUGUUCUUCUCUUCAGGAAUCUGAUCAGCUUAAAAGGGCAAGUGGACAUAGAGGAUUCAAAGGCAAAAGAACAGGAAAAAAAAUGGUGGAUGACAACAGAGCAGUAGUGGAUUUUCAGAUACUUCUAACUCAAUGUGCAAAAGCUGUUAUAAGCUAUGACAUAAGCACUGCAAAUGAAAAACUGAAGCUGAUAAGGCAGCACUCAUCUCCCCAUGGUGAUGGAACACAGCGAUUAGCUCAUUACUUAGCCAAUGGCCUCGAAGAACGCUUGAAUGCAGCGGUCCCCUUGUACAACCCCCAUUGCCUUUUCAGUUGUAAGAUGUCAGCGGCUGAUAUCUUAAAACUGAUGUCAAAUAUAUAUGCUAACAAUACUAUUCUCAAGCUAGCAGAGAACGUAACGAGGCUACACAUAAUCGAUUUUGGUAUUCUCUAUGGCUACCAAUGGCCUUGCCUCAUCCAACUGCUUGCAAGAAAACCCUCCGGACCUCCCAUGCUUCACAUUACUGGUAUUGAAUUUCCCCAAUCAGGACUUCAACCUUCAGGGAGGCUUGAAGAGACAGGGAACCGCCUAGCUAAAUACUGCAAGAGAUUCAAUGUCCCAUUUAAGUACAAUUUCAUAGCACAGAGUUGGGAAACCAUUCAAUAUGAAGAUAUCAAGCUUGACAGAGAUGAGUUGACUGUAGUUAACUGCUUGUACAGGUUGAAGAACUUGCCUGAUGAAACAGAAAUCAACAGUCCAAGGGAUACAGUUUUGAAGCUUAUUAGGAGAAUCAACCCAGAAAUGUUCAUCCAUGGAGUGGUUAAUGGAACCUACAAUGCACCCUUCUUUGAUAUACGGUUCCGAGAGACACUCUACCAUUUCUCUUCUUUGUUUGAUAUGUUUGAGGAGACUUUGCCCAGAGAAGAUCAACAGAGACUGCUCUAUGAACAAGAGGUAUUUGGUAGAGAUAUUAUCAAUGUGAUAGCAUGUGAGGGCUCCAGGAGGCUUGAAAAGCCUGAAACAUACAAGCAGUGGCAGAUAAGAAACACUAGAGCUGGGUUUAAGCAGUUACCACUAAACCAGGAAAUGCUGAUGAAAGUUAAGAAUAUUGUAAGGUUAGGUUACCAUGAGGACUUUGUUGCGAACGAAGAUGGGAGGUGGCUCUUGCAGGGAUGGAAAGGCCGAAUAUUACAUGCUAUUUCUUGCUGGAAAUCUUUUCCAAGUGCCAAGAAGAACUUUGUAUUUGGCAGAAACACAAUGCCAACAUCUACAGAUCAGAAUGACAUUUUUACUGAGUUUGAUCAACAGAAUCAUGAAUUCACUGAUCCCACUUCCUUUCUGUCCAAUCCAAACCCUCCUCCUUGUGAUGAUUAUUCAUGCCGGUCUUUCGGUGUCAGUGUGACCUCAGAGGCCUCCAGAGCUACUCUCCAACAUAUAAGAGAGAUGCUUAUGGAGGAAGAGCUGGAGAACAGACCCUGCAUGCUUCAGGACUUUUUGGCCCUCCAAGCUGCUGAGAAAUCCUUGGAAGAUGUCCUAAUUCAGCAGUAUUCUCCUCCGACGAAUCCCCUUCUUGCUUCUUCUAUUGAGCCAAGUGCUGAAAACUCUUAUGAUUUCAUUAACCACAGCAGUAAUAGCUCCAGUGCUGCUAGGAGCUGGGAUGAUGGCUCAGGUUGGAUUUCCUUUCAAAAAGAUCAUAAUGACUCAACAAAAGGAUCAAGGAGCAAAAAAGAUCGUCACAGCUGGGAGAAUGGCGUUAUCUAGAAGAAGGGAGGAUCAAUAAGCAGUCGGCAGUGUACGCUGAUGGAUAUGAACCACCAGAUAUGUUGGAUAAGGUACUGCUCUUUCAUUAUCAAAACCCAAACUCUGAAUCAUGUUCUUCUCUUCAGCUUAAAGGGGGAAAGGGAGGAUCCAAUGGCAAAAGAACAGUUAGGAAGAAAAAGGAUGACAACAGAGAGGUAGUGGAUUUUCAGUCACUGCUAACUCAAUGUGCAAAGUCUGUUGCAAGCUAUGACAGAAGGACUGCCAAUGAACUACUCAAACAGAUAAGGCAGCACUCAUCUCCCUACGGUGAUGGAAACCAAAGAGUAGCUUAUUACUUAGCCAACGGCCUUGAAGAACGUUUGGCAGCUGCGGUUCCUUCGUUCAAUCCUCUUUGCCUUGAUAAGAUGUCAGCUGCUGUUGUCUUAAAAGCUUACCAGACAUAUAUCAAAGCAUGCCCCUUCAAGUUGAUGUCAAAC